CCAAAUGAUUUCUUUAAAGGCAAAAAAAAUAAAAAUAGAAGUACCAAUGAAUCUAAUGCAAAAUCAGGAAGUGCAAUAGUACUAGAAAUAGUUGUAAACUAUAUUUUCGAAGCACUUUUAACUAAUUGCAGUUCAGAUAAUUAUUUGUUUAAACAAAAAUUUUUUGUUGCACUGGAUCUAUUAUUUGAAAUUAUUAAUAUAGAUUCAGAAGAACAAAAUAACAAAGAAAUUACUCAACAUUUAAUUAAUUGA